AUGAUUUCAGAUAAUUUUUAUCAAUUGAACCUAAGAAUUUUGCUAAAUCAUUAAUAUCUUAUUAAUUAGUCUAUUGAGUUAUAUGUAUUUCUUCUACAAUGCUGCCACUCCCAACUAAAAGGUAUUAAUUUUCAUUCAAAAUUUCUAAUUAAAGCCUUUUAAGAUUUAGUUUUUUUUUAAAAAAAAGGCUCUUACAUUAUUGAAUUUAAUCUAAAAAUUGCUCAUUUCGGAAAGAAUCAUAAUUAAAUUUAAAGUGUUUUAGGUUUUCUUCUAAGCUUUCAAUCUAUAGUCUGUAUUUUUCUUGAUGAAUAAUUAAAUUUUAAGCUUUCUCAAAUACUUUUAAUUGGAUAUCAUUAAUAUAGUCAAGAAAAGACUUUGAUAUACGUGUGUUUUUUAAGUCUAAAUCGAAUGUCGUAAGAGAAGAAGAUUUAUCUAAGCAACUGCUUGAUGGCAUUUCUAAAUUAUGCAAAGUGUCAUUUUUGUCAAUUUGUAGAUGAAAUUUUUCUAAACUAGCAAACUAGUCUAAAUUAAUUAAUAUUUAUUAGAUAAUAUUGCUAAUAUUUUUUACUUCUACAAAAACUAAACUGA